UUAUUAUUAUUAGUUUGGCCCUGUUUUGAUUCGAGGGAAGACGGACGCGAGAGGGCGUUUCGUCUUGGAGGAGUCACACCGGAAGAUCGGCCGACUUCUCCGUCGGCCAUGGACGCGCAUCACGCAACCCUGGGUCGACGAACGCUGGAAGAGAUUCGUCAGAAGAGAGCAGCUGAGAGAUUGCACAAAGCCUCCUCGGGUCCUGAUCUCAAUUCUUCAAAUGCAUACGGGGCGUAUAGUUCGGAAGGUGGAAUUCGAGCAUCCGAGAGAGAUUCAUACGCGCUCCCAUCUCGAGUUAAGGAGCUUGAGAGUCGAAACGCGGAAUUAGAAGCUGAAAAUCAGAAGCUAUUGUCCAAGCUUGAAGCAAAGGAUGCUGAUAAUGAUACAUUGGUCAAGCGUGUGAAUGAACUGGAGAACAACGUUUUACCUGGGUUGAGGAAAGCUCUCAAGGAUGUCUCCAUAGAAAAAGAUGCAGCCUUUGUGGCGAAGGAGGAUGCUCUGUCCCAACUUCGGACAAUGAAGAAGCGCAUAAAGGAGGCUGAAGAGGACCAGUACAGGGCUGAAGAAGAUGCUGCCGCAUUAAGAGCAGAGUUGAGUGCUCUACAGCAACAAGGAUUUGGGAAUUCGUUUGGGGGUUUCUCCUCUACAGGCAAGUCUGCGGAGGAUAUUGCUGCAAUUGAGAAGGAGAUGGGUGAUUUGAAAUUGGUUUUGCAGCAAGAAUCACAAUUGAGACUACGAGAACAACAGAAAUUAGCUGAUGAGCAGCUCCGGCUUUCAUCUCUUAUGGCUGAAAAACAAAUGCUGGAAGAUAAAUAUCAAGAAUUGUCCAAAAAGGCUUCAGAUGAGGCAUUGGAAGUUGCUGCUCGGAAAGCAUUUAUAGUGCAAGACAAGGAGAGAUAUGACCAGCAGUUACAUGAUAUGGCAGCGAUGGUCGAAAGACUUGAAAACAGUCGACAAAAAUUACUAAUGGAGAUUGACUCACAAUCAUCAGAGAUAGAAAGGCUCUUUGAAGAGAAUUCCAAUAUGGCAACUUCAUAUCAGGAUGCCAUGUCUGCUGCCAUGCAAUGGGAAAAUCAGGUGAAAGAUUGCCUGAAGCAGAAUGAAGAGCUUCGCCACCUUCUUGAUAAAAAUGAGAUCAGAGCAAUGUAUGUAAAGAACAUGUCCACCUCUCCUGCAUCUGCAGUUGAAUAUCAGUUACUCAAGGGCCAGCUUGCUAAAGAACAGAGUAGGGCGGAAACACUGUCAGCGGAGGUUAUGAAACUUACAGCCGAACUCAGACGUUCAGUGCAAUCUUAUAACAACCUUGCGAGACUGUAUAGACCAGUUUUCCGAAAUAUAGAGAACGAGCUUAUGAAAAUGAAGCAAGAAAGUUUUGUCUCCAUUCAGCUGUAAGUUUCCUAUGAUUCCAUUCAAUCUUCAUCCUGUGUUUCUACUACGGGAUCAGAUCAAUGACAGUUUAUAUUAAGCAUGCUCAAG